GCCAUCAGUCAGCUCGCCCUUCCGCCGCGCGCGGGGCGGGGGGGCGGGCCGUGUUUUGUUUGUCGCGCGAGGAGAAUGGAAGCGGGCGGCGGGGCGGCAGCGCGAUCGGGCGUCUCCGGCGGCGGCGCCAACGGUCGCCCGUAACGGCGGCGGCGCGCGCUGCCCGGCGGCGAGUGCGGGGAGCGAGUGCGAGCGGGCGGGCGAGCUGCCCGCUGUCCGCGCCGAGUCCGCCUCAUUGUUCUGUGUGCAUGAGUUGCCUCUGGCCCCGUUGUUCGACCACUCCCGUGAGAUGAAAAUGGUGGAACCGGUGGGAUUCGUGGAGGCCUGGAAGGCGCAGUUCCCCGAGUCCGAGCCGCCCAAAAUGGAGCUGAGGAGCGUCGGCGACAUCGAGCAGGAGCUGGAGAGUUGCAAGUGCAGCAUUCGGAAGCUGGAGCUGGAGGUGAACAAGGAGCGGUUCCGCAUGAUCUACCUGCAGACGUUGCUGGCCAAGGAGAAGAAGAGCUAUGACAAGCAAAGAUGGGGCUUCAGGAAGUCUUCAGUGCUCGUGGAACAAGUGGGCACAGAACAACCGCAGGAACCUGCCCCCGGAGAAGGGGAGGAGGGCGAAAGAACCAAGUAUCACCCCGCCGAGGACAAUUCAAAGAGGCACCCGGGUGGAGAAGAGUGGUUGGUGGACUCCAGGAGCGAAGUGGAAAGCUCACCAACCAGGCAAAGGGCAUCUUCGUUGAGGAAGGUGGUGGCAGUGCCUGAAAGAGAUGCAGUGCGAGGUUUCAGCCAGGAUUGUGAACAGAUGGAAAGAAAGGAUAAAGCCACGGCUGGCACAAGUGUAGCUGCAUUGAGGUCCAAUUUUGAAAGGAUUAAAAGAACCAAUUCCCACUCCUCUGGGGAUGGGAAAGGUAUGGAAAAGCCUCUGUAUGUCAAUGUAGAAUAUCACCACGAGAAAGGAUUGGUGAAAGUCAACGACAAGGAGGUAUCUGACAAAAUCAGUACCAUAGGGAGCCAGGCCAUGCAAAUGGAACGGAAGAAGUCAUUACACUCUUUGCCAGUCAGUACAGAAUCAGCAGAGUAUCAUAUGCCUGUGUACAGAGGUAGGUCCACAGAAAGCAGCUGUGGUUAUGACCCAGAAUAUGAUGACGUGGAUCUUAAUCCAAGAUUCUUGAAGGAUAAUCUUAUCCAUGCCACUGCCAAUGGAGGCAAACCAGACAAGAUACCUUGGCAGCAAGAAUUCCAACCAUAUGAAAGUGUUUUUAUUGGUGGAAUGUUGCAGGAUAAUGAUGGUAAGCCAAGUAGUGACUUGCGAGACUGUGGGAAACUCCAGGCUACUACAGAUCAGGAGAAACAUCUAACGUGGCCUCGGAGGUCUUAUUCACCUGGUAGUGCUGAUGAUGUUGGUGGAGGGUAUACUCCAGAUUGUAGUUCUAAUGAAAACUUAACUUCAAGUGAGGAUGAUUUUUCUUCAGGUCAGUCGAGCCACAUUUCCCCCAGUCCCACCAGCUAUCAUAUUUUUAGAGAAAAAAGUCGGUCUCCUUCUCAAAACUCUCAGCAGUCAUUUGAUAGUAGCAGUCCACCUACACCACAGUCACAAAAAAGACACAAGCACCAGGUUACCAUACAGGAAGCAACGAUAGUUGGUCUCCGGAAGCCAGGACAGAUUUGGGCAACUGAAGCUGACCUUGCUCGUAGGAAUACUCAAGAGGAUAGUUUCCAUGGAGAUCCAGAAACAAUCUACAACAAUGUACCACCAUCUUAUUCAUAUGAUGCAGAUCCGGUUGAAGAUCAAACCAGGAGCCGAGAUACCAUGCCCUACAUAGAUGACUCGCCUUCCUCAUCACCCCAGCUCAGUUCGAAAAGUCGAGGCAGCAGGGACACGGUGUCAUCCGGAUCCUUGGAGUCAAGUAAAUCAAGUGAACCAGAUUUGGAGAAAGGGUUGGAGAUGCGAAAAUGGGUUCUGUCUGGAAUCCUAGCCAGCGAGGAAACAUACCUGAAUCACCUAGAGGCUCUCUUAUUGCCUAUGAAGCCUCUUAAAGCAGCUGCCACUACAUCUCAACCCGUGCUCACCAACCAACAAAUAGAGACCAUCUUCUUCAAGGUUCCUGAGCUUUACGAAAUACACAAGGAAUUCUAUGAUGGCCUGUUUCCCAGAGUUCAGCAGUGGAGUCACCAUCAGUGUGUUGGAGAUCUCUUUCAAAAACUGGCCAGCCAACUUGGCGUGUAUCGAGCUUUUGUGGAUAACUAUGAAGUUGCUGUCGAGACAGCAGAGAAGUGCUGUCAAGCUAACACACAAUUUUCUGAAAUAUCAGAGAAUUUAAAGGUCAGGAAUACAAAAGACAUAAAAGAUCAGAACACAAAGAACUCUCUUGAAGCUCUUCUCUAUAAACCUGUUGACCGAGUCACCCGAAGCACACUUGUUCUUCAUGAUUUAUUAAAACACACUCCAGUCAACCAUCUAGAUCAUCCUUUGCUACAAGAUGCUCUCCGUAUUUCACAGAACUUCCUGUCCAGCAUUAAUGAAGAGAUCACUCCCAGGAGACAAUCUAUGACUGUAAAGAAAGGCGAGCAUCGGCAACUCAUAAAGGACAGCUUUCUGGUUGAACUUGUGGAGGGUGCUCGGAAACUUCGACAUGUUUUUCUCUUCAGUGACCUCUUUCUUUGUGCAAAACUGAAGAAGCAAAUAGCAGGGAAGAGCCAGCAGUAUGAUUGUAAGUGGUACAUUCCUCUCGCCGAUCUGAGUUUUCAAAAUCUAGAUGAGUCAGACUCUCCAACCAUUCCACUAGUACCCGAUGAAGAACUGGACACAAUGAAAAUAAAGAUCUCUCAGAUCAAGAAUGAAAUACAAAGAGAAAAGAGAGCAAACAAGGGCAGCAAAGUAAUUGAACGGCUGAAAAAGAAGCUAUCAGAACAAGAAUCAUUGUUGUUGCUUAUGUCUCCGAACAUGGCUUUCAGAGUGCAUAACAGGCAUGGCAAGAGCUACGUAUUCCUGAUAUCAUCAGAUUAUGAAAGGGCUGAAUGGAGAGAAAUCAUGCGAGAACAGCAAAAGAAAUGCUUUAAGAGUUUUGCCCUCAGUACUGUUGAACUACAAAUGCUCACAAACUCAUGUGUGAAGCUGCAAACUGUCCAUAACAUUCCAUUAACGAUCAAUAAGGAAGAUGACGAAUCUCCUGGCCUUUAUGGGUUUCUGAACGUAAUCGUUCACUCAGCUACUGGAUUCAAACAGAUAUCAAAUUUAUACUGCACUUUAGAAGUAGAUUCAUUUGGUUACUUUGUUAACAAAGCAAAGACAAGAGUCUACAGGGACACAUUGGAACCAAACUGGAAUGAGGAAUUUGAGAUAGAAUUAGAAGGCUCUCAGACUCUAAGAAUUCUGAGUUAUGAAAAAUGCUACAACAAAACCAAGCUUCCCAAAGAAGAUGCUGAAAUUACCGAUAAAAUCAUGGGGAAAGGGCAGAUUCAGCUGGAACCACAGGCAUUACAAGAUAAGGAUUGGCAGAGAACUGUCAUAGGAAUGAAUGGGAUUGAGGUGAAGUUGUCAAUGAAAUUCACCAGUCGUGAGUUCAGCUUGAAACGAUUGCCAUCCCGAAAACAGACAGGGGUCUUUGGCGUGAGCAUUGCAAUAGUCACCAAGCGAGAAAGGUCAAAGGUGCCUUACAUAGUACGACAAUGUGUGGAAGAGAUUGAAAGGCGUGGAAUGGAAGAAAUUGGAAUCUAUCGAGUAUCAGGAGUUGCCACAGACAUUCAGACCCUCAAAGCUUCUUUUGAUGCCAAUAAUAAAGAUGUCUCUGUGAUGAUGAGUGACAUGGACGUUAAUGCCAUCGCAGGAACGUUAAAACUUUAUUUCCGAGAGCUGCCCGAGCCUCUCUUCACAGAUGAGCUGUACCCUAACUUCGCUGAGGGAAUCGUGUUGUCCGAUCCUGUUGCUAAAGAAAGCUGCAUGCUGAACCUCCUGCUUUCCUUGCCAGAGCCCAAUUUCACCACUUUCUUGUUCCUGCUGGAUCAUCUGAAGAGGGUGGCAGAGAAAGAACACAUCAACAAGAUGUCACUGCAUAACUUAGCAACUGUCUUCGGACCCACUCUGCUGAGGCCCUCAGAUAAAGACAGCAAAAUACCCACCAACCCAACACAGGCAAUCACAAUGGCAGACAGCUGGUCAUUGGAGGUGAUGUCACAGGUGCAAGUUCUGCUCUACUUUCUGCAGCUAGAAACCAUUCCUACUCCAGACAGCAAACGCCAGAGCAUCCUCUUUUCAACUGAAGUGUAAGAGGUAGUCAGCCAAGUGCAGCAGAAAGGCAUCAACACCACAAAGUAGUGCUCACCUCUAACACGAAUUCAUUAUGUGAUAUCCUGCCAUUAUCCCCUGUGCUGUUUGAUCUACAGUCUUUGCUCUGUGUUAUACAGCAAACCUGAAUACGGAAAGCACUAGAGUACAGUUUAUUUGUGAACCUAUAAUGAGCUGAGAUAUUCAUUUACUUACACAGUUAAAAGCAAUUCUUGUGUUAUAAGGAUCUAUAAUGAUGUACACAAGAAUGAAGGAGAUAGAUAAAUCUAAGGGUUUUGUUUUGUUAAUCAUAAUACCCCUUUAUGAAUAGGGACACAAUCACUGUUUCCUGUUAAGUUUGUGAUCUGAAAUCAGCAAGUAUGGAUAGGAAUCAACCAUACGUAAACCAUAGGCAAACCAUUUCCAAUGAUAAGCUUCUAGGAAAAAUGUGUUGCCUGAGUUGUACCAGUGCAUUAACUGACUCAAGAUUUAAGUUGUAAAAUUUUGAUCAUUUAUUUUAUGAAUGCUGUUGAAAACCACAAGUGCAGCUCAAGUAUUUUAUGGUUUUUUUUCUGUAGAAAGCUGCAUACCGGUUUAACUAAUGCCAGAGCAAUACAAUACAAUGCCAUCAGCUGUGCUCCCCUUUGUACAGAUGAUUGUUGUUAGAAUGCAGCUUCCCAGCGUACCAACUCCCGGGUACCAGUUUUGUGCCAUAAUUAAACAUUCCAGUCCUAUCUCAGUCAUGGUGACAGUGGAACAGCUAAAUUGUUAUAGAACUUCAGGGAAGGAAAUCUGCCAUCCUUACCUGGUCCAGUCUCACACCAGCUGGGCUGACUUAACUGCCCUCUGCAAUAGCCCAGCAAGCUAUUCAGUUUUAAUAUAAAUGUGAUGUUCAAGAAGAAGGCAGCUCACCACCACCAAGGGUGAUUAGAAGUAGGCAGUAAAUGCUAGUUUUGCUCCAAUAACAAACAAAGAAAAAGAAGAGAUUAACGUGCAGGCAUGUUGAAUACAUUUAUCUACUAAGAUUCCCGCUGUUAAUUUCUGUUAUGUUUUUCCUUGAAGCUGGCUAUUUUACGCUUUAUCUAAGUUUCUGAUGAGUGAAACUUGUUUAUAGAUGAAACAAUGGACGAUAUUUUCCUACCAAGUAACCAGUCUGUAAAGAUGAAAAUCAGAAAAAUUACUCUUAACCCUUUCAGUUACUAAUGUUCAAUCUGAAGUAUGUGAUCCUGGAAAUAUUGAAGGAAAUUGAAAUACGUCAACAUUGUAGAUGCACAAUAAACAAAUGCCCCCUGCCCGCUGAUAUCCGUACUUUUUUAUUAAGCUGCAUUGCCUUCCAAGUACCAAUUUCCUUUUCCAUAUUACAAACUGGGAUUGUCCCAAGUUAGAGGGUCAGCAUUAUCUCAACCUGCAGGCAAUCACUGAGAAGUCAGAAAAGGUCAGGCCUGAAGAGACAGAGAGGUUACCAGUUGUACAGUACCUGUUUCUGAAAAUUGUUGCCAACUCCAACUGGGGCACAAACAACCAUCAGGGUUCAGCAGCAUGGUGUUACUUCUCAUGGGUGACUCUAUGAUUUAGUUGCACAGAUUCUAAUUCUCACUGGAGCAGAACUCCACACACGAGAGGACUGAUUGGACGGGUUCAGUUCUAUAGACACAUUCUUUCACUGGAGUUUAUUCCAUUGACUCUUUCUCCCUCCACAGAUGUUACUGACCAGUUAUUUCCAGCAUUUUCAUAUGUUAGUAAAAGUUUGUUUUAUUUGGUUCCGUUUCCUUUGAGUAUUUUCUAAUAUAUGUAAUCAGUCUGGUUUCACAGUCAGUUCAGAGUCCUGACAUAAUGAAUGCUGGUUACUGAGAUUCAUUUCAUCGUGGACAACAUAAUGUUAACCAGUUGGUCUUUGCACAUGUUUUGAGAAUCCAUGUUAAACAUUCCUUCUUGGGACCAAUUGUAAUAAGGAUCAAGUCAUUCCUGCUGGGAACUGUCUGCAAAUCUCAACAAUUUUAUUUAAAUCUACUUUAAAUAUGGAAUGAGCAUAGGUUAAUGUACACCAGCAGAAAACUUAAGUGUGGAGCAUUUUCUUUCACUCAUAGCCAUUUCAAACACAUUCCAGGAACAUCUGAAGCAGGAGCAUGUGAAGGACACUUGACCUCUCCAAGCCUGCUCAUUCAGAUCUGAUCUUGGCAUCAUCACCGCUUUCCUGCCUAUUCCACAUAAUCCUGGUCUCCCCUAUUGUCAGUCCAGAAAUCUGUGCACUGUGGUCUUGCCUGUAGUCAAUGACUGCCUCCAUGUGGCUGUCCAGCGUAGAGAAUUCAAAAGAUUCAUGAAUCACUAAAUAACCCCUUAUUCUGAAACUAUGCCCCUAAUCCGAGAUCAUCCACUAGGGAAACAUGGUCUUAGCAUCCACUCCGUCAAUCCACCUCAGAAUCUUAUCACCACUUAUUCUAAUAAAUUCCACUGCUGAAAUUCAUAGACCCAACCUGGUCAACCUCUCUUCAUAAAACAACUUCUUCAUCCUAGGGAUCAUCCUGGUGAAGUAAAUCCCUCCCCAAAAAAAUAGCAAAACUGUAGGCUGCACUCCAGGUAUGGAGCACAUUGCCCUUCCUCUUCAUCUCUCCUGUGCUGCGCUGUGACUAGAUGGGGCUAAUGGGAUGGGAGGUGGGGGAGGCAGUGACAAUGGGGGGUGGGGUGGAAAGUCACCAAAGACCACAACAAUGGGACCACUUUAUCUCAUAUCUCCUCAAGUGUCAGCAAAAGAAUUGCAUAAAAUAAGCAUAUACUGCUUGAGAAGGGUGUCCUGAAGACAGGGUAAGUGGAAGGCUUAUGUAUGAGUAGAUAUCAGAAGAGUCAGCACCUGGAACAGAAAGGGUGGUGAUGUUUCACGUGUGGGCCUCCCAUCAGAUUCUCAUCUCUGUCCCCUCCUUGUUGUGAAAUAUCAGUUUCUAUUUAGACCCAUGUCUAAAUUCAGAGGCAAGUGUUCAUGUAUACCAUUCAGCAGCAUUAAGGUGCCUUUCUUAAAAUGCACAUUCUCACCUUUAUGUGUGUGUCGAUAGCCCUGUCCUGCUCACACGUAUCUCACUCCAAAAUAUCCACGUCAAGCCACUUUCAAUCUGGGAAUUUUUAAAAAUGAAUAAAGUGAAAAAUGGGUUCAGCCACCUUUCAAUUGAAGUGCCUCAUCACCAUGAGUGCAGAAAUUAAUGCUUCAAUAUAUUUAAGACCGACAAGAGUGUUCUUUAUACCAUUAGCAUUGAAAGAGUGUGUAGAAAGUUAUGCUGGGGUUAGUAAACAGAGGAUUUCUUUCGAAAGUUGUUUGCAUUCUGCUGAAACCUACCAACUUUUAUAUGCCAAUACUUGAGGUGAAUGCAGACUCAUUAACUUCUAAAUGUUGGUUGUUUCGAGUUAAGAAUUAACUGGAGAUUCCUAUAUUAUUACUUUUCAACCUGCCAGCAAUGAUCUAUUGUGAAGUAGAAUCAAAAAUCGGAAUUCUAUCAGGCAUUGUAUGAAAGAAUUGCCAAUAAUUUAAAAGAAGGUAUAGAAUGGGAAAUCAAGGGUUGAUUAAAAUAUUGUAUUAUAAUAUUGUUAAAAGGAUGUGAUUAUCCCCUUCACCAAAUGACUUGUAAGCCCUUGUUACCCACUCUUGAUGUAUUGUAAUUUUUCAGACACCUGCUCAGUCCAGGAAUGUGGGUUAGAGUUAUUUAUUAAAAUAAUCAGGAUUAAAUUAUAUAAUUAGUACUUAUUCACGUCUUGUGUAGAAGCCUAUGGUUCCAUGCAGUUUUGAUUGUCAGUUGAAUUGACAUAAAUUUGUGGGUGUAUUCCAUUAGAGUUGAUGCAUCCUACAGUAGCACUGCUUACUAUGACUAUUUACUCAUUGUUUCAUGUACUUGAUUUUCUUCUUAUUUUGAAGGAUUAUUCUGUACAAAACGCUCUGUCCCACAGGUGGUGGGAGCUGGUUGAGGUGGAACAGAGAGAGACAGACAAUUUUGAUUUAUGUUUAGACAACUGUUGGUUUAAUUUUCUGUCACUUUCCAAAGGCGGUUAGCAUGACAGGGAUGUGUAUUUGAAAAAGUCCCAAGGCAUUUGUAGCCCCUAUUUGUACACAACAAUGAUAAAUAAAAUACCUGUAUCUAUA